CCGCUUCCCGGAAGUUCCACGUCAGUCAGUCGGCGGGUCAGCGGGUCGGUGGGUGCCGGAGGGACCGAGUCGCCGCUAGCGAGUGAGGCCGCCCCGGCUUGGACCGACGCAGCCAUGCCUCUGAGACUUGAUAUCAAGAGAAAGCUGACUGCUCGAUCUGACCGUGUGAAGAGUGUAGAUUUACACCCCACAGAGCCAUGGAUGUUGGCGAGUCUUUACAAUGGAAGUGUGUGUGUUUGGAAUCAUGAAACACAGACACUGGUGAAAACAUUUGAAGUGUGUGACCUUCCUGUUCGCGCUGCGAAGUUUGUGGCGAGGAAGAAUUGGGUUGUGACCGGAGCGGAUGACAUGCAGAUCAGAGUGUUCAACUACAAUACUCUGGAGAGAGUCCAUAUGUUUGAAGCACACUCGGACUACAUCCGCUGUAUCGCUGUUCACCCAACGCAGCCUUUUAUUCUAACUAGCAGUGAUGACAUGCUUAUUAAACUCUGGGACUGGGAUAAAAAAUGGUCUUGCUCGCAAGUGUUUGAAGGACACACCCAUUACGUCAUGCAGAUUGUUAUCAACCCCAAAGACAAUAAUCAGUUUGCCAGUGCAUCUUUGGACAGGACCAUCAAGGUGUGGCAGCUGGGCUCAUCCUCCCCGAACUUCACGCUAGAGGGACAUGAGAAAGGCGUGAAUUGCAUCGAUUACUACAGUGGUGGUGACAAGCCAUACCUCAUCUCAGGGGCAGAUGACCGUCUUGUCAAAAUAUGGGAUUAUCAGAACAAAACAUGUGUGCAGACACUGGAGGGGCAUGCCCAGAACGUGUCCUGCGCCAGUUUCCAUCCUGAAUUGCCGAUCAUCAUCACAGGCUCAGAAGACGGAACUGUGCGCAUCUGGCAUGCCAGCACAUACCGCCUGGAGAGCACGCUGAACUACGGGAUGGAGAGGGUGUGGUGUGUGGCCAGUCUGCGGGGGUCCAACAAUGUUGCUCUGGGCUAUGAUGAAGGGAGCAUCAUCGUGAAGCUUGGUCGGGAAGAGCCUGCUAUGUCCAUGGAUGCCAAUGGGAAGAUCAUUUGGGCCAAACAUUCUGAGGUCCAGCAGGCCAACCUGAAAGCAAUGGGCGACGCUGAGAUUAAAGAUGGGGAGAGACUGCCACUGGCCGUGAAGGACAUGGGUAGUUGUGAAAUAUACCCUCAGACUAUCCAGCACAAUCCAAACGGGCGGUUUGUCGUGGUGUGUGGUGAUGGCGAGUAUAUCAUCUACACGGCCAUGGCAUUGAGAAACAAGAGCUUCGGGUCUGCCCAGGAGUUUGCCUGGGCCCACGAUUCUUCUGAAUAUGCAAUUAGAGAGAGCAGCAGUGUGGUAAAAAUUUUUAAGAACUUCAAGGAAAAAAAAUCAUUUAAACCUGAUUUCGGAGCAGAAAGUAUCUAUGGAGGCUUCUUGUUGGGAGUCAGAUCUGUGAAUGGCUUAGCCUUCUAUGACUGGGACAAUACAGAACUCAUACGCAGGAUUGAAAUUCAGCCCAAACAUAUUUUCUGGUCGGACUCUGGAGAGCUGGUCUGUAUUGCCACCGAGGAGUCAUUUUUUAUCCUUAAGUAUCUGUCGGAGAAAGUCUUGGCGGCACAGGAAAGCCACGAGGGAGUCACGGAAGAUGGCAUUGAAGAUGCCUUUGAGGUUCUCGGCGAGAUUCAGGAGAUUGUGAAAACGGGCCUGUGGGUAGGCGACUGCUUUAUUUACACAAGCUCCGUGAACAGACUCAAUUACUACGUCGGAGGGGAGAUCGUCACCAUCGCCCACCUGGACAGGACAAUGUAUCUGCUGGGCUAUAUCCCUAAAGACAACAGGCUGUACCUGGGGGACAAAGAACUGAACAUCGUCAGCUACUCGCUGCUAGUGUCUGUGCUGGAGUACCAGACGGCCGUGAUGCGGCGGGACUUCAGCAUGGCCGACAAGGUCCUGCCCACCAUCCCCAAGGAGCAAAGGACCCGGGUGGCACACUUCCUGGAAAAGCAGGGCUUCAAACAGCAAGCUCUUACAGUAUCUACAGACCCUGAGCAUCGCUUUGAACUUGCUCUUCAACUUAGAGAACUAAAAAUUGCAUACCAGUUAGCAGUGGAAGCAGAGUCAGAGCAGAAGUGGAAGCAGCUCGCGGAACUCGCCAUCAGUAAGUGUCAGUUCAGCCUGGCCCAGGAGUGCCUCCACCACGCCCAGGACUACGGGGGUCUGCUACUGCUGGCCACUGCUUCCGGAAAUGCCAGUAUGGUGAACAAGCUGGCCGAGGGUGCGGAGAGGGACGGCAAGAAUAAUGUGGCCUUCAUGAGCUACUUUUUACAGGGCAAGCUUGAUGCUUGCCUGGAGCUCUUGAUCAGAACUGGACGCUUGCCUGAGGCAGCCUUCCUGGCCCGCACUUACUUACCCAGUCAGGUUUCAAGGGUGGUGAAGCUCUGGAGAGAAAGCCUUGCCAAAGUGAACCAGAAAGCGGCAGAGUCCCUGGCCGACCCAACGGAGUAUGAAAACCUCUUCCCCGGGCUGAAAGAGGCCUUUGUGGUGGAGGAGUGGGUGAAGGAGACACACGCUGAUCUGCUGCCUGCCAGGCAGUACCCACUGGUCACGCCCAAUGAAGAGAGAAAUGUCAUGGAAGAGGCAAAAGGCUUUCAGCCUUCAAGGCCUGCAGCUCAACAGAAACCUGAAGAGAAACCUGCUUCUUCCACCCCUGUCGUCACCGAGUCCUCACGCACAGCUGACAAAGAAGAAGAGAACUUACUGGAACUGGAAAUAGAUUUGACUAAUUUGGACUUGGACAAAAUUGACACAACAGAUAUCAACCUGGAUGAAGAUAUUUUGGAUGAAGAAGAUAUUUUGGAUGACUGAAAGUAGUAUAUCCCACUAAGGCACUGAACAGAUCAUUGCGGGCAGUAAUUGAUCGUCACACCCACCACAGUGCUUUGGACUUUGAGAAACUCCUUAAGUUUUUAUAUGUGAACAAACAGUGCGGGCCAUUGGAAGCAGAGUGCUCACGGAAGAAGUUCAUGUGCGGUUUCUGAAUCACUAUUUCCUUGUCAACCAAAGCACACGUGGGCUUUGAUUUUUUUUUUCAUACUGUCAUUAAACCAUAUCUCAAACUA